UGUUCAAGUAUCUCAAAAGUUGAAACUUAAUUUGAAAUCUGAGCAUAACAACUAAGCCAGAUACAAUACGGUGUAUUCAGUAAAUACAAUAAUAAUAAAAGACAGCAACAACAAAUAUUUAUUGAAAUAGCAAUUUAAACAAAUCCCCACAGUAAUUAAAUCAUUUUCCACAACAUACAGGACUGUAAUGAGAAUGAAAGUGAAAUGAAAAGCACAUGAGUCACAGCAGCAACAAUCAGUUCGAAAUGAUAUUGCCUAUAUUAACAAUUCUAUUGAUUGCUAUAAUAUUAUUCGCUGUAUGUCGAUAUUGGAUUUGUGGACCGCGCGCUACAUCGUGGCUUCGAUCGAAUGGUGAAGAAAAAAUUGGAUUAUCAAAAAAUAAAUUGUAUAAUGCGAAUGGAUAUAUUGUGCAAUCGGGAUCAGACAUUUUACUCGGUAGUACAGGAAGUUUUAAACGAUUUGAAUCUGUUGAUCGAAGUACAUAUGAGGGAGAAUUAGUCUCGGCAAUGCCAACGCCACCUUGGGCAACUGAUGAGUCUAUUCCACCACAACCGUUAAGACCAGCACCAUUGCCAUUAGCUACAAAAUUAAAAUCAAGAAAUUCGUCAUCAUCCUCAUCAUCAUCGUCAAUGACAAUCAAUAAGCACGAAAGUUUUGAACAAAGAGGAUCAACAUCGUCAGCGCCAGCAUUAAAACCAAUUCCUAGGCCAGUUCCACGUAAACAAAUGUCAGCACCAACAACAAGUUCCCAAAUUCCUCUAAUUAAUCCACCAACAAAUGAACAAGGUGGUGGAUUAAAUAAAUUUGUGAAAGAUAUGCAAUCAACAACAAAUCCAUUCCUUAAUGGACUAAUAAAUUUUGAAUCAAUUAAAUCAAAUUUCUUCUCGACAACAAUAAUUCAGGAUACGCCAAGCGAGUGUAAAAUUGAGAAUGAGCGAGCGACAAAGAGUGCAAUAAUAUCAAAGAAUCCAUUCAAAAAUUCGUCAUCAUCGUCAAUAUCAUCAUGCGAUAAUAAUGUAUUUGACUUCAAUCCAACCACAAUAAAAUCAAUAUUAGAAGAGACCUGUGACGAUGGAUAUGAAGGCGAUAACGAUGACUGUGAUGAUCCAUUGAAGCAACUUGAAGUUAGGAUUCAGAAAUUAGAAGCCUCAAAUAAACAAAGGCGACGAAGCGAUUCACAAUCGCCGACCCGCUUUUCACCCAAAUCGAUGAAUAAAUCAUCAAGUUUAUCCUCUGAAACUCCCACACAUAGCCCUGAAUUGAAUUCUAAUGUAAAUGAGAAAUUUGUUGAGUCAUUAUUCAGUGAUGAUAGGGGUUAUCAUAGGAAGCACAUGAGAAAUCGAUCAUAUUCUGAAAAUGAGGUAAUUACCGAGCUUGGAAUGCUUUGUGAGCAGGGUGAUUUCAAAGAGCCUCAGCACAGUCCUUCUGUGACGAUGACAACAAUAGCCAUAUCAAACGUAUCAACUUCAACCGCAAAUUUGGCAUCAAGUGGGGUAAACAAUCCAUUCAAUUCGAUAGCAUCAACUACAACCACAACAACAAAUAGUAAGCGUCCUCUUUUAAAAACCCCAUCAGAAACUUAUCUUGAACAAUAUAGCACAAUGAUGAAAUCAAAUGUAGUAACAAGUGGUCCAAAUGUUAUCUUAAAUAAUAACAAAUCUGUUCAGCUAUGCAAACAUCCUUCCCUCAAUAAAAUCCUCCAAAGUUCAUCUUCGUCAUUGUUUGAUGGCAAUGAUACACAACAAAAUUUAACAUCUACAUCAUUAAAACGUACUAUCUCUUCAGAAUCAAUCUCGUCUGACUCAUCUGUUAUCAUGAGCACUCUUGAACGACCUGUGCCACCUAUUACUGGGAACCUCUGUAUAGCUUUACAAUAUGAUAAACACAGCAUCACUGAAGAGGGAUGUGAGCUUUUAGUAUCGAUUGUAGAAGCAAGAGACUUAGUGAUACCGCAAGACGCAGAUCCUGACUCCAUAGAUACGUUCGUUCGUGUUUAUUUAGUGCCAGAUGAAGCAGAGGCAAUGCAAACGAAAAUAUUUAGAAAUUCGAGCAAUCCUAGCUAUCAAGAGAGCUUUCUAUUUUUUAUAACAAAGCAGAAUAUCAAGCGAUCACUAUGGUUUCAUUUAUAUCAUACAAAUGCUCAUUGUACGACUUUAAUUGGUGAAACUGAGCUGAAACUGACUGAAUUUGCAAAGCCAAGAACAACGUGGGUGCAAUUAUCUGAUUCCCGAAACAAUUGUGCAAGCUGUGGUGAUUUAAUGUUUUCACUGUCUUAUCUACCAACUGCAGAGCGGUUGACUGUAGUAGUUGUAAAAGCACGCAAUUUAAGAUUCACAAAUGACGAGAAUGAAAAUCAUACAAUAAAUGGAAACGAUAUACAGAAUGUGUAUGUUAAGGUCUAUUUACUUAAAAAUGACAAGAAAGUUUCAAAGAAGCGUACAAGCACAAAGCGUGGCGAGAGAAAUCCACUUUUUAAUGAGGCAAUGAUAUUUAGUGUCCCACCGUACUUAUUAAAUUCUGUACAGGUGCGACUGACAGUUAUGAAUUCACUCGCAACAACCCAGCUAGAGACACCAGAUGCUAACCGUAAAUCAUAUCCAAUUGGUCAUGUAAUUGUUGGGAGUCGAACAGAUGGUAAAGGCUUAUUACAUUGGCAUCAAAUGCUCACAACAUUAAGGAAGCAGGUUGCAUUCUUUCAUCCACUUCGGAGGAAUGUUUGUAAAAAGAAUGGACACCGGAGUUACGGUUUAUUUGAUAAAGUUUAAUGUACUUAAUGAAAAAAAAAAACAAUUUUCUUUGUGAUGAUAAAGCAACAAUAUGAUUGCUGCUUUAUAGCUAGUGAGAGAUGAAAUUAUAUUACUGUUGUUUUAGUGAACAUAUGUCAAGUGAUUGCACUCGUUCUGUAUAUCAAAAAUGGAUAAAGAGACUUUACUUUUAUUGUUAAUAUGAAUAAAUUUAUUCAAAUAUUAUUCAACAUUGCAUUGAGGAUAAGCAGCAGACAAUGCAUUAUGUAUAACAUUAAGAAUCAUCAUUUACAUACAUAAACGUACGUAUCGUCAAUAC